AUGGCAUCAACACGACGGAUAGUGACUCUCUUCACAAAAGCUGGUCAAUGUAGCCUAUGUGACGAUGCCAAAGAGGCGCUGCAACGAGUCCAGAAACGUGUUGUGUUUCAAGUCAAAGAGGUCGACAUCUUACAGAACCCAAGUUGGAAGAGACUCUAUCAAUAUGAUAUUCCUGUAAUACACGUCGAUGACAAGCUAGUGCAAAAGCACCGUGUCGAUGAGGAAAAGCUGUACAAAAUACUCACAAACUAA